AUGGUCUUCCUCACGACGCAGCUCUGGCUGCGGGCCCGCGUCACCGACCGCUACUGGCGGGUGCAGGAGGUGCUGAAGCACGCGCGGCACUUCCGGGGGAGGUCGAACCGCUGCUACCGGCUGGCCGUCCGCGCUGUGAUCAGGGCGUUUGUGAAGUGCACGAAGGCCCGGAGACUGAGGAAGAGGAUCCUGCGGAAGCUCUGGGUUAAUCGGAUUACAGCUGCUUCCCAGGAACACGGCCUGCGCUACCAAGCAUUCACUGGCAAUUUAGUUAAGUGCCAGGUGGAGCUCAACAGGAAGGUGCUGGCUGACCUGGCCAUCUAUGAACCAAAGACUUUUAAAUCCUUGGCUGCUUUGGCCAAAAGGAGGCGAGAGGAAGGAUUUGCCGCUGCCUUGGGGGACGGGAAGGAGCCGGAAGGCAUAUUUUCCAGAGUGGUGCAGUACCACUGA